ACUGGUGUUUCAUUCAUUUCAAUAUUUCGAAGCUUUUCGCUCUUCGCGAUCGCUAAUCGUCGCUGUUUAUGUAUUUUAUCUAUAGAAUUUAUCUCAGUCGAAUGAAUAGAACCUUUCUGUAAAGUUAUUUUCGCCGCGAGUGAUGCAACGGUGCCUUUUUCGUUACACACUAUGAGUGUUGCAAUGUAACAUACGUUCAUGUUAUUCAGUGUUUUCUAACAUGUGAUCAUAAAUGUAAAUAAUUAAUUAAUAUAAUCGCACAAAAUGGACGUGAAAGGUUGUUGUAGUGGGUGUUAUGUAUUAUGACUAUAUAUAAUUCAGUGUGGUGCUGUUGAGAGAGCAAGUUUUUCGUUCAUCAAACCCCGUCACAGUCUGCUUGCGAGUAACAAAAGUAUCACCAAACUACGUCACACCGCAUUUAAAAAUGUAUUGACACAUAACUUCGGUCGUCACGACCAUGUGAUACGUAAAUAGGCCUAAUUGUAAAAAAAACCUUUCGUUCCUCUAGUUUAGCGUCAAUUAGCGACAACCAAAGCGAAAUUACUAGGUUUGAGCCAAAGUCUAGAUUAAGAUGUCGAAUCAGAUACCUAUAUACAGUCAGGUAGUCCCCAAAUCUCAAUACAAAUCUAAGAAUCAAAAAGCCCGCCAAAACAUACCGAGAACUGAUUUCGACCCCCUGAAUUAUAAUAACGGAGGCAACUUUCCGGUGAUGAAUCCUGAAAAACUAGAGAAAGACAGGAAAGAGAAGAAGGUUAGGGAUGAGACGAAGCCUCGCAGGAGUCAGAACAGGAAUGAGGCGAGCGAAGGGAAGGUCGAAGCGUACUUGAGGCAGUACCAGGUCAGCAUGAGGCAGCAGCAACAUCGACAUUCCGCCGUGAGGCAGGCUGAGCAUCGCGUCAAUUUAAGAUCUCUGCCUCUCAACGACGCAGUGGCGACGGCUCGCGGCCACGACCGCACCCCCACUGACAGGCACCGAGGCUUCCCAGAAAGGGACGGCAGGGAGCACCGCCGCGAGCGAGACAAGGACAGGGAUAGAGAUCGAGAGCGGGACAGAGAACGGGACAGGGAGAGGGACAGGGAUAACUUUGACUUUGAUGGUACACCUUUAAGUCCAAUAGCUUCGCGUGACAAGGAGUCGCGGCCGGUCCACAAGUCCUCGUCGUCACACAAGGUGACGGAGACAGUGUCCACAGAUAAGCGAAGGUUCUUCUGUCGCGAGUGGGCGUUCCAGAAGAUAGCACAUUGUUUGGAACAGCGGCCGGUCAGCAAGACUUGCGGGGCGCUUAUAUUGGGUGAUGCCGGCAGCGGCAAGACUGCCCUCUGCCAGGAGUUAAGCGAGCCAGGACAAGGUCCACAAGCUCGACAACAGAGGGCGCUGAACCGAAGGUUGCUGGCGAGGCAUUUUCUGCAGAGCAAUUCAGAGAGCAGCCUGCGUCCCGGCGAGCUGAUCCGUUCCCUGGCGAUGCAGAUCCUGAGCCACUCGUCGCGCCGGCCGCUGCAGAAGUCCGAGCGGGACACUGACGAGUGCGACACGCCCGGACAUGGCCACAAGAACAACUCCGAGGAGGAACGCUUGGUGAGCCGUUUCCGUGAACUCGGCGGUGACGAUGGUGAGGAGAGCUCCAAGCCGUUGCUGGCUGAUAGUGAAGACCAGCGCACGGACGAGGAGGAGGCGUGCGACAGCGCGCGCCGCAACACGCACCGCCUGCACGAACACCACCACUAUGGAGACCUGCACGACGCCGCGCUCAGCUCGGCGCACGACCUGCCGGAAAUCUUGCCCCGAAACAACACGAAGCCGACGAACCCGUUCGUCUCCGACGAGAAGGACGCUGACUUUCGGCUUUACGAGAACCACGAGAACCUGUUCCUGCGCAACAUAUCGCAGCGACAGUCGAAGGAGUUGCGGAACUCGCGGCUUCUGCGCCAAAGCUCGGAGCCUUUGACGGAGAAGAAGCCGCACGUUCUGCAAAAAAGCCUCUCCACCGAACAGAAGAACGACAGCGCCAGCGAGAGCGACAGGCCGAAGGUGGAGAGCAGCCCGCCGAAGUCCAGAAUACCGGUCGCGAACUUCAGAUACCCGAACAAAAGCGAGUUGCGUUCGAAUGAAAACUCUCCGCGCAAGGGUGAUAAGGAUAAAGAACGCGCGCCGUCACCCAAACCCGAAGCCGAAGAGUUGCCCGAAUAUCAGAAUGUAAUGAAUCCGAAGCCCGAAGAAAAUGUGCCGGAUUUAGAAGCGUUGUUGGAAAAGAAGAGAAGUGAAAGCGAAGAUGUUCCUCCGCCUAUACCCAGCUUGCCGGUUAGUCCCAGGACUUUGAUUGCGAAUGCGUAUUAUGACAAAUUGCUGGCCGAACCGGAGAUUCAACAGGCCUUAUUGCCCCAAAACCUGGAGAAGAACCCAGACGAAUGCUUCAAGCAAGCGCUGCUAUUUCCUCUGCUGGAAAUAGAUCCUCCCAAGCAGUGCCUGUUUCUGUUGGUAGAUGCCAUUGACGAAGGAGCUUCAGGAGGUAUAACAUCUGAAGAACGCGACGGCACGGAGGGUUCUCGCACCGUGGCCGCACUGCUGUCCCGCCACCAACACCUGUUCCCGCAGUGGCUGCUGCUCGUGUGCACCGCCAGGAAGCACUCGCGACCUCUCACCAAGAUGUUCACUGGGUUCAGGAAGAUCACCCUGGACGAGUUACAGCGAGCUCACGUAUCCGCUGACGUGCAGAGAUACGUUUUGGCGCGCUUGGACACGGAACCAAGAUUGAGAGCGCGCGUGUCGAGCGACGCCGCGGCCGCCGCCGCCGCCGCCGCCGCGCUCGACCACCUGCGCAUCAAGAGCGACGGCUGUCUGCUGUACUUGGAGAAGGUGCUGGACGGCGUGGCGGACGGGUUCAUAGCGUUGCGCGAGAUCCGCGAGAUCCCCGGCACGCUCAACGGGCUGUACCUGUGGCUGGCGCAGAGACUCUUCCACGGGAGGCGAUUCACCAAGGUCCGUCUCCUGCUGGACGUGCUGCUAGCAGCCCGCUGUGGCGUCACCGAGGAGAUGCUGUACAAGUGCCUCCUCACCAAGGAGUACAGCGUCACGCGCGAGGACUUCAACAGGAGGUUACAUCUCCUGAGAAGGAUCCUCGUGAUGGACAAGUCGACGGGGUACCUGUCGAUCUUCCACCACUCGUUCGCGGCGUGGCUGGUGGACGUGAAGCACUGCACGCGGCGCUACCUGUGCUGCCUCACCGACGGACACGCCGCGCUCGCCAUGUACUACACGCUCGAUGCUAAGAGGUUGUCCGCAUUGGAGAUACACAACUAUGUUUAUCACAUGACACAAUUGGAACAGCAUUUGUCUUCGCAGAAGAAGAGUAAAGGUGAUCAAGACGAGGUCCUGGAUUUGCACACUCUCAUCCUACUGUGGGUGUUGGACUCGUCGUGCGAUGUGGAGUCCGCUCUCAAGAGGGAGACCGAUGUGAAGAAACUGGAGCCCGUUGCAGAUGAGGCGAAUGUAAACAAUAACGAAGAAGGUGACGAAGCGGCUUCAGACAAACCACCUACAGAGCCGGCGACGCUGGAGUCGAUAAUGCCGGAGCUGGUGGGGUGCGGGGGCGCGGGCGCGUGCGCGGGCUGGGCGCGCGACCGCCGCGUGCUGCGCGCGCUGCUCGAGCUCACGUCGCACGCGCCCGAGCCCGAGCCCGAGCCGCCCGAGACGGACCACAUACGCGCACUGUUAACAGCAGAGCCGCCGGAGAGCGAAGACCAGGGUAAAGUGAGCGCUGAGGAGCCCGAGGAGGUGGUGGUGGAUCCCAGCGUGGUGCACGAGCUGGUGGCCAGGGGUGACGACGAGACUCUUGUGGCACUUUUGAAGCGUCACCCGUCGCUGUCGUCGGCGCCGGACGCGUCGGGCGGCACGGCGCUGCACGCGGCGGCGCGCGCGGGGCGAGCGCGCACGGCGGCCGCGCUGCUGGCGGCGGGCGCGCGCGCGGACGCCGCCGACGCGGACGGCUGGAGCCCGCUGCGCGCCGCCGCCUGGGCCGGACACGUCGACGUAGUCGACGUGCUUCUGGAGUACGGAUGUGAUGUGGACUGCGUUGAUGCCGACAACAGAACAGCGUUAAGGGCGGCAGCAUGGUCAGGCCACCUCGGUGUGGUGUCGAGACUCCUGGCAGCCGGAGCAGCACCAGACAGGGCUGACGCGGAAGGCCGCACGCCGCUCAUCGCCGCCGCGUACAUGGGCCACGCUGACAUAGUACGGGCGUUGCUAGACGCUGGUGCCAGGGUUGACCACGCUGAUCAUGAUGGACGUACUGCGUUGUCGGUGGCGGCGUUGUGCGCGUCAGGGGCAGCGGUCGCGUCGCUGCUGGUGGAGCGCGGCGCUGACGUCUCGCGCGCCGACCGCGACGGCGCCACGCCGCUGCUUGUGGCUGCUUUCGAGGGACACACCGAGAUCUGUGAGGUCCUUCUCGAGGCGGAGGCGGACGCGGAGGCGGCGGACGGGGCGGGGCGGUCGGCGCUGUGGGCGGCCGCGGCGGCGGGUCACGCGCGUGCUGUGCGUCUGCUACUGUUCUGGGGCGCAUGCGUCGACGCCAUGGACGCCGAGGGACGCACCGUACUCAGCGUCGCCGCUGCACAGGGUAACGUCGAAGUUGUCCGUCAACUGCUAGACAGAGGCCUGGAUGAACACCACAGGGACAAUUCUGGUUGGACUCCGCUGCAUUAUGCUGCCUUUGAAGGUCAUAUAGAAGUCUGCGAAGCCCUCCUCGAGGCAGGCGCGAAGGUCGACGAGGCAGACAACGAAGGCAAGAGUCCUCUUAUGCUGGCAGCGCAGGAGGGUCAUGCCAGGCUGGUGGAGAUUCUGCUGGACGAUUGGGGAGCGCCCGUGGAUCAGAGAGCGCACGAUGGCAAAACAGCUUUUAGGCUGGCGGCGCUGGAGGGCCAGUUCGGCGCGGUGCGUGCGCUGCAGGCGCGCGGCGCGGACGCGGACGCGCUGGACGCCGACCGCCGCUCCACGCUGUACGUGCUGGCGCUCGACAACCGCCUCGCCAUGGCGCGCUACCUGCUCGCGCACUGCGCCGCCUCCCCGCACCUCACCGACGCAGAGGGUCGUACUCCACUACACGUAUCGGCAUGGCAAGGGCACACCGAGAUGGUGAAUCUGCUCAUCACUGUGGGUGGCGCGGAGGUGGACGCGGUGGACCGGUGCCUGCGCACGGCGCUGCACGCGGCGGCGUGGCGCGGGCGCGGCGCGGCGCUGCGAGCUCUGCUGCGGCACGGCGCGCACGCCUCGCCGCUCUGCGCGCAGGGCGCCACCCCGCUCGGGAUAGCAGCUCAAGAGGGCCACGAGGAGUGCGUACUGUGGUUGCUUCAGCACGGAGCGGAUCCUUUGCAAGCUGAUCAUUGUGGUCGCACCCCAGCUAAGGUGGCGUGGCGAGCGGGGCACGCGAACAUCUGCCGCCUGCUGGAGCGCUGGGCUGCGCCCACUGCGCCGCCCGCGCCCACCGACGCGGCCGCACCUGCCUCAGUGCCGCCUGCGCAGGCGCCGCCCGGACACCCGGCGCCUGCUCAGCCAGCGGGACAGGGCAGGCCGCCGAGUGCUGGCUCCCCAGAAUACAAGCGACGCAGCGUGCACAGUUCGAAUUCUACUAAAUCGUCGUCAAACAUGACGGGCGGGUCGGGACGCUCGCACGAACAACCAGAGCAAGAUGCGCACGCGCAUGAUAAGGCAUCCCGGACGAAUCUCUCCCUUUCGUUCGCACAGCAAGUAGUGCGGUGCGGACGCGGCCGACGCGAGAGGGAACGAGACCACGUUAUACCGGAACACCACGUGCUGGAGAAGGACGCUAAAUUGAGGAGCUACGCGGCCAACGAACGCGACGCCGAGCUACGCGGAUACGCGUGCGAGCGAGAUAGGCGACGGGACGAGCGGCACGGAUGUGAGAGAGACAGCGCUAGUCCCUUAUACGCGUCGCCGCCACGCAGUCCCAUCAGUGACGUGUGCAGCCCCACGCAACCUACUAUUGCUUUUGGUUCCCAGCCACCUAGUCUGACUACAGUACAACCGGUGCUCACCGACACACACUUCAACCGAGACACGCACAUGCGCAUCAUACUCGGCAGGGACAGCAAGCCCUCGCACGACCGGGGAGAAGGCGAGGUGUGGACUUCGAUGGGACGGCUUGCGUACAACCGUAUUGUGGGCAGCCUCGGGAGAGCGAGAGGCAGGAUAUUUAAGAAAACCAAGAACAAGAGGAACGGGAUCGUGACGAAUCCGGCUAUGAGGCUCGUGGCCAACGUCAGGAACGGCUUGGACAACGCUGCCGCAAACAUAAGGCGUACGGGCGUAGCUCUGGCCGCGAGCGCCAGUUCCGCCAACCCCGCGGUCAAGACCAACGCGUUCCAAUGGAGGAAAGAGACGCCACUAUAAAUAUCUCGCGAGCGAGCGAGACGUACAUAACGUUGCCACACAAACCGAGAAUGUACUAUUUUGAUAGAUAUUGUUUCAAGUUGUGCGAGCGUUUUUUUAAACGUUUAUGAAGGAUUGUUGUUUCUGUAAAAAAGGUAAAUACAAUGUGUAUUUUAUUAUAAUUUAAUUAUAUUAGGAUUUUUGGUAAGGUAUUAAAAUUCGUAGUAGUAAUUUGGUGGGACAUGUAAAUUGAAAAUAAUACGUAAUUUUCUGCCAAAAUUUUAGUUUUAAUAUUUCCAAACUAUUCGUAGUCGAUGUAUACUUUCUAUUUAUCAUCUUAUAUCGAUAUUAUUUAUCAAUUAUAUGUUUAAAUAAACAAGCAUUGUAAACAACUAGAUUUAAAAUAUGAAAAAGCACUCAAUAUACCUAUAAUAUAUAUAAGCACACCAAAUGAAUAUAAAAAUCGUUCAAAAACACGCCCGCACAAAUCUAAAAAUAAAAAAAUAUUAAAUAUUAUAGAAUUCCGAACUUAUAAAAAAGUUAACUAUAUUAAGUAUAGUCGAAAAAUAUAUUGCUUAAUAUCUUAUGUAUGGUCGUGUGAGAAAACUUGCUUUUCACUCAAGUCUCAUCUAAAUUGAACUAGUCGUAUUAUAGAAAUAGGUGAGGGAAGAUUUGCGGAUUGCAGUUGCGGAAAUGAUCUUAAAAAUUAUAAAACUGAAUUUCGGAACACACUGUAUAAUACAAGUUUAAUGCGGAUUCCACUAGGUUAUACUAAGAUUUGCGGAUUGCAGUUGCGAAAAUGAUCUUAAAAAUUAUAAAGCUGAAUUUCGGUACACACUGUAUAAUACAAGUUUAAUGUGGAUUCCACUAGGUUAUACUAAGAUUUGCGGAUUGCAGUUGCGAAAAUGAUCUUAAAAAUUAUAAAGCUGAAUUUCGGUACACACUGUAUAAUACAAGUUUAAUGCGGAUUCCACUAGGUUAUACUAAGAUUUGCGGAUUGCAGUUGCGAAAAUGAUCUUAAAAAUUAUAAAGCUGAAUUUCGGUACACACUGUAUAAUACAAGUUUAAUGUGGAUUCCAUUAGGUUAUACUAUUGCAGUUUAAAUAUAAUUUAUGGUACUCAAUACUCAUAUUGCUUAUUUACUUUGCAUAAACCUCCAAUUGUAAUCUGUUAAAUAGUUUAAUGGGUCAUAAUUGGAACGUGUGUGGUCUAUUCUCUCAAUUCUAUGUAAUUAGUAAACUAGUUUAAAAUGAACAAAUGUGACUAGGUUUUACGUGGAGUUCCUAUCGCAAUCGUUAUGUAAGGCAAUCGGCAAGUCUGCCACUCACUUGAGAAUGUAUAGAAUUAGUUGUAAGUAAUUAAAGAGUCGUAGUUCCUUCAUGGUAUGUUUAUCUUAACGUCAAUUUUUAAUAUUAUUUUAUGUUUUUCCUACAACUGCCCCCCCCCCCCCUUCCUCAUCAAACCGUGUUAUAUAUUAAGGUAAUAUUUUUAUCUUUUCAAUUAAAAAUGAGGAGCACUUGGACAUUUUAGUCCCUGCCUAAUUGAUAAAAAUGCUCUACUUGUAAAUUGAAAAUGACGUUAAGACGUCCAAAUAGGAUUUUUAAAUAUAUAUACGGCUCUUAAGUAAAUAAAAACUGUUUUAGUUCAUGAUACGUAACAUGGCCGCCUUAUACAGGGUGUGAACUAACAUACAAGAAGGUAGAAAAUGUAUCCUUAAUUUAAGUAAUAUAUAACCUAUUAAAUGUGCAAUCCCCACCAGUUAUAGGGGACACCGAAGCUUAGCCAAGCGAUGUAUUCAGGCUAUUCUUGUCAUAGAAAUACUGUGUUACUGUAAAAAUGUUAGUGAACACGCUGUAUAAUAUAUUUUAAGUAUACGGACUGUAUUACUCAUUAGUUUUGUGAUAAGUGCGAUGGUUUGCAAUGUGAUACUACGCGAUUCUUUAUACGUAAGCGAUCAAAAUAUCUAAAAUGAGUAUAUUACUGUUUUCUCGCCACAAAUACUAUUCUAUUUUUAAAUCCAUGAUGGGUCAUAAAUGACCCGAGUCUAAAGUUAGUUUUUAUUAUACUGUCUUCAACGAAAAACAUAAUAUCACAUUGCUUCCCAUCGUUAAGUGUCGACGUUGGCUUUUAAGAAAUAUUGUAUUGCGUAAAUAAUUACAACAAAAAUUAUAACGACAGUAUUAUUUGAACACUUUAAAAUUAUUCGGAACAUUACCACACUGCAUAUGUAUUGAAAUGUAUCCAGCAUUUUUACUGCCAUGUGGGUCAACUUUGGUACAUGAGGUCAUUUUAGACCCUGUGCUAUGUAUAUUUAUUUAACGCAUUUAUGUUUAUUACAUUGUUUUUUUUUUAUGAUUUAAUCGCUGUUAGAAAGGCGGGAUCAUAUUUGACCCAUUUUUGUAAUUUGACAUUUGACGUAAAAGGCAAUGUUUGGUGAACUGUACAUUAUUUGUUUUAUGUUUAGUAUAAAUACAAAAAUCAUGGCAGUUAUUGUGCUAAAAGAUGUUUUACAUAGAAACAUUUUGAAAUAAAUAAAUAUAUUUAGCGAUUUCUUAAAACUUAUUCCAAGAUUAACAAUUUUCGCACCGAAGCAAUUUUUUAAUUCAAUAUUUAUUCAGAAUGUAUUUUUUUUUACUUUAAAACUUUUAAUUCGGUUUUAAUUGAGUUACUGAGAUUUUUUUUGGCGCUUUCUCUUCUGUUUUAAUUAUGAGUUGUGUAGUCUCAUGCACUUACCAGCUAGUCAUUCAAACGUCUAAAAUACUUGUUCAUUGUUAUUAAAUUCUGUAAUAAAUAUAAAUGAUGGUCAGAGAUACGUAAAUCACUAAUAUAUAUUAUGUAUUCCAAAUCAGUCAUCAUAAUGUUUCUAUGUAAAAACAUCUUCAAAAAUUUCUGAUAAGCAACUGAUCUCAAUCGAACAAAGUUAAAUUUAGUUAACUGUAUUAGAUAUCGAAAGAUCAAAAUUGUAUUAUUAAAAAUUAUGGAUUUUAUAGCGCUGAUUUUAUUUUCAUAACAAUUCAAACCUUGUUACAAUUCUCUUAACCAUCUAAAUUGCACUGUCUAGCGGAGUCUCGAUUUUGGGCCCUGUGUCGAGUAAAUUACGUUCUUCAACAAAGACUUGCCAAGCUGGUUCAAUUUACGACCUUAUGGGUUUCGCAAUAAGUUGCCACUUGGAACACUUCCGUUUGCGUUGGUCAUAUUUCUGCCAACAGUAUCGUGCCCCGUACGACGUCCCCCGUCCCCGACGUAUUAUUGGAGUGACACAUUUUUCAUAUAUUUGCAGAGAAUUUGUUUCAAUCAAGCUGUCUUACAUGAAGACAAAGGAUCUUGCUGGGAAUCUAAUCUAGCAAUAUGGCACACUUUGUUAUUAGUGGCUGUUUUUUACUUUCAUAAUAAAUGAGCUAUAAAAUCCAUAAACUUGAGUAUUUUAUUUGAUUUUUAUAUGAAAAUCGUAACACCAAUAGUCUUAAGUUGUGUCUAUGUCAUAGUUAAUCGGCUAUAAAAAUCACCCAUAAAGACUACUGAACCGAUUUUAAAAAUGAUUUUCCAGAGAUCCUUCACAAUGUAUUCCGGUUUCCGGAAAAAUCUAAUCUUCAGAUGGUUUUACUACUUACCGGAAAAAAUGUUUUUUGGAGUCGGUUAUAAUGUAUCUAUAUUGUUAAUAUAAUGUAAACGAUGUUAGUGGAUUCUAUAUCUAAAUAAUCUAGGGAAGACUAUUUUUUAUAAUACAACUCGAAUUAUUUAAGACUUCAUUACAUAUUCAGUUAACGCCUUAUAAUACUCAUACACUGAGUUCUAUAAAGCUACCUUUAACAUUAAGUCGUAAAAAAGGAAACAACACUCAUUUGUUUUACUCAAUUUCUGAAUAAAUCCUACAUAUUUCGUGUAUAAAAGUUCUCGAAUUAUCUUUGAUUCCGAUUUUGCCCGAAGUAGGCUUUAAAGAUUUCAGGCAUAGUGUUAAUUCACAUAAGAAUACCCAUGACUCAUAAAAAUCAUCAAAAAUUUAGAUCGCAUUAAAAGACUUGUUAAAUCAUAAUACAUAAAAAUAUUUAAUGCUUAAGUUUCGAAAAAAUGCUAAACCAAUUUUGAUGACGCGUCGGAGUAUUUGCAAUGCUCACAUUUUGGCUGUCGCAAAAAUGUAAAUGUGUUGUUCAGUUUAGAAUAUUUAAAACAUUUUCACUGUAUAUUACAUCUAUUUAUAACACCGCUGAUACAAAUUAUUUCAAAGUAGUUAAUAGUAUAAAAUAACCAUGCCUCUUACAAAUAUUCAUGGUAAGAUUCAGAAUGUUCUAUAUUUAAACUGGAAAUUCUGUGGUCUAUCAAUGACUAGAAAAUUCUGGCAGCACUAUUCGGUUGAAUAGUUUGUCUAGAAUUUCUAUUAUUUUCUUGCCAUAAGUACUGUGAAUGUUUAUGGCAGAUGAAUUAAGUUUGUACCGAAGUUUUUUUCGAAUCCGACAAGGCAUACUGUAUUUGUUUGCAAAAUACGACACGAAUAGACUUUGUAACUUGAUUAAGUAUGUUUCUGCGACAGCAACCCCUAAAUUGUCAUUCAGAUUUAUAUAACUCAAAAUAUGAUUUUGACCCGAUGCGUUCCAUUUCACGCUGCGUUAUUGCUCGGACUAAACUUGCGAAAAAUGUAAACCUUUUAAAAUAUCUCGAUGGGUAGGAGUAGUGUUAGAGUUACGAAAGUAAAUAUAAGGGAAUAUUUACGUUAAGCGUUAAAACGCCAGGAUGAAUGAAGUGUUUCCUUGUUUCAGAAAUUCCACUUAAAAAUUUUCGUCAAGCUUCUAUACUUUUUGGUGCGCUAAAUAUUAUGCCUGAAGAUUUUUGUGCAUUAGAUUAUUUAAUUUUAGCAAGAAAAAGUAUGUUUUCAAGAUUUCCUAAAUCUGAGGUUUAUAAAAUUAUUAAGCGUUAAACAAGUUAAAGAAUUAUCUGGUUAACGGCAUUCUAAUUUUAAAUAUUUAAUUUCCAUAAUGUUUUUAAAUAAAAAGUCGAAUGAAAAUUUUAUUAAAUCAAUUUUUAAUGUGUUGAUGAAAAUACAUCAAAGACGUUCAAAUCUCAUAUAAAUUCAUUACACCAUAAAAAUGAAACACGUAAAUAUUCUACGUACAAAAUUAUUUUUAUUUUAAGUAUUGUAAACAUGCAUUUAUUUUUUGGUAUGAGGCUAUCUUGUGAAUGUUUUGCUAAACUUGGAUUUUGUCAGUUUCGUCCAUACAGGGUACGAAUGACUUAGUUAGAACACUGACUAAAACUAACACGUUCAUGUUUUAUGUAUUUUUCUUAAACAGCUUUUGUACAACAAAUAGCAUUAUUUGACGAGUCAUAAAUUAAUUAUAAUUUAGUAUUAAAAAGGCUUUAUUGCGCAAUAUCCAUUCUUGCUUAUAUCGAGUCAAUAAUUUACAUUUAUUACCUACGAAUUAUUCAAUAUAAUCUUUAAAAUUACGUAAAGGUGCAGCCGAAAAAUGCGUUUAGAAAAAAAAAUAGUUUGUAUUUUUAUGAAUCAUAUUGACCUCUGUCGUUACGUAUCUUUAUCUUAUGAACUGUAUUCGAGAUAUAAAGGUAUUUAAUAACAAUGUUUAUCCAUCCUAGGAUAAAAUUUCCAUAGUAUUUUAUUUUGUAAAAAUAGCGAAUCUUUAUUUAUUAGUUGUGUUUGUGUGUUUGGUGAUACUUGUGAUAGUAAUAAAUAUAUUUGUAUUAAAUAACGUAGACGAUGUAUAAUGUUGUGGAAAUAUAAUGAAAUAUAUAUAAUUUCUCCUAA